AUGAAGGUGGAGCUCCUUGUCUCGCAAAACUCUUCAGCUAUUGGCUCAUCAAACUGCCAUGAAGCUCACAACGUGCUCACAAGCCUUACCGAACAUGGCGAUGGCGAUCGGGAGCGGAUACCAUGGGGGCUUUAUGUGCAAGGCUUUUCCCAGAAUUAUUCUUCAGCUGGGUUCCCGGGCGAUCCGCAUUCAUCCAUCAUUUCCUACCCUGGGGUGACAUUUUACUUUACCGCUUCUCCAUUCCAAGGGGGACACUUAAAGUUUGGCCCUCGUCUGUUUCUCGAACAGAGUCAAAUUACGGCUGACGGCAGACGGCCUGCCGAUCACGCGCUCCCUUUUCCAAUGACGUCGCGUCCGUCAACUACCGGCGGUUCCAGUACCGCGGACUCGGGACCGGCCACCGGGACCCCCUCUAGUGCCGGUCCAGUCCAAACACCAACCCCUUUGACUAGCAGCACGGGAGCGACGACACCUCCCCGUGCCGUAGCACCGACCAGUAUCCAGUAUUUGCUUAAUCCGGCGGCAGAUCAGACCUUGACGCCGCUCCAAGUCGACACCGAUAUUACAAACCCUGGCGAGGAUCAUGACUCGGCCUACGGCUCCGAUGCUGGCAGUGCUUACACGGCCUCCAUAGCAUCCUCCAUCUUCCACUAUCAGUACGAGAACGGGCGGCGAUACCACGCCUACCGCGAGGGGCAAUACGUGCUUCCCAAUGACGAUCAAGAGCAAGAACGACUCGACCUGCAGCACCACAUCUGGCGUCUCCUCCUCGGAGGCCAGCUUUACACCGCGCCACUCCCCACACCAGAGGAUCCGGCGGCCUCUGGUAUGAGGAUCCUCGAUCUCGGUACAGGGACGGGAAUAUGGGCCAUAGAGAUGGCAGAUGAAUUUCCCACGGCUGACGUAUACGGCGUCGAUCUCUCGCCCAUUCAACCGGAAUGGGUUCCCACGAACUGCAAAUUCCAUGUCGAUGAUUACGAGGAUGAAUGGACAUACCGUGAGGAGGAGCACUUCGACUAUAUUCACGGCCGCGCGCUCAGCGGAACGUCCUCUGAUUGGGCAAGAUUUUACGACCGUGUCAUGGGUGGCUUGAAGCCAGGCGGAUGGGUUGAAAUGCAAGAGUACGAUGCAUGGAUCUUCAGCGACGACGAUAGCUAUGAGAGAGCGCCCUGGACGAAGGAGUGGGUGACCAAGCUAGACGAGGCAAGUAAAAUGUACGGGAAGCAAAUCAACGUGGCGAGAUACCACAAACAGUGGAUGAUUGAUGCCGGCUUCGAGGAUGUCCAGGAACUUGUUUACAGAAUACCCAUCGGUCCAUGGGCGAAAGACCCGGCAUUGAAGGAGCUUGGUCGCUGCGAACUUGUCCAUAUGCAGAUGUCUGUCGACUCUCACACUCCGGCCUUGUUCACGAGAGUACUGAACUACUCGCACGACCAAGCCAGAGUGCUUAUGGAGGGUGUCAAGCGAGAGUUCCGUAGCAAGGACUACAGGCUUAUCACAAGCUAUCGCAUUGGUGAGCCGAUUGAGGAGUUGGGCUCUGGGUGUUCCCCUGACUUUGAAGUAGUGUUAUCCAAUGCAAUGACUAUCUUAGGUACUGUGUUGAGGAGCUCGAAGACCUCAGAUCACUGGCUAUUACUAUCAGCGCAACAAUACGCACGGGAGAUCGGUACGACGACCCAAGUCACUACAUGUAGUGAACGAGUGUCCGACAACCCGGUCGAUGUUUCUCUGACGCAAGCAUCUGAUACUCCAUCUUACCAAAUGGUCGGAUCCGUGAGCCAAUUUUCUCAUGAGGCCCCGGUGCACAAAAAGAGGGGUUACACAUUACGUUUUCCCAAUCCGCCUUCUACGCCGCUCUCCCGCAUGACGAUCUUACCCGAACCCGGCGCGUGUUGCGCUCGGCGCCAUUCCGCAAUGCUCCAACAGCUUCCGUAUGGCGUCCACCGGCGUCCACCAGCAUCCAACGCUCUGUCUUGGUUGACUAACAACAUCCAACAAUCAAGCAACCACAGCCCGAUUCAUGUACUCAGAGCCAACGCGAGAGCAAAGGGAUCUUUGAGUCGCCGGGCGUGGGCUGGACCCCUCGUUUCAAUAUGCAGGAUGGCUGUUUGCCUACCAGGGGUCUUUCACGGCCAAUCAGAUCUCCGCAUUUCCUCUCGUUGUUGGUGCGAGUUGUCCUGUCAGAUAUCAAAAGCGUGUUGGUUCGCCGUUGGGCCACAGGAACGGACAUUCCUCCGAAGUCUCCACGAUUUCCGCCUUUCCAUCGGUUCUCCCGCCUCCGUUGCGGAGUUCAUUCGACCUCAUGUCAUAGGAGAAAAAGAAACACUUUCGCCACAACAGGCUCUUACGCUUGAUAAAAAUCCUUGCAACCUUCAUUCUUUAGCUUUCGUCGCAUUUGUCUACCCCGAAUUUCCAGUAAGGUUCGCCAUCCUCGAAGAUUUAGUUCGCUGA